AUGGAAGGAAAGACGCAACAGACGGCGGCGGCAAUGGCGGGGAUGAGCGAGCGCUCGGCCCGCAAGUGGCAGUGCGGCCCGUUGCCGUCGGAGACCAAGACUGAGCGCCAGUGGCGCACCCGUCCCGAUCCCUUCGACGGAGUCUGGGAGAAGGAGAUCCUGCCCCUGCUCCUGGGCGAGGCCGCCGGCAGGCUCAGGGCAACGACAAUUAUCGAGUGGCUGGAGGAGCGGCAUCCCGGCCGGUUCAGCGCCUCGCAGCUGCGCACCCUGCAACGACGAUUACAAGACUGGCGAGCGCUCAACGGCCCGGACCAAGAGGUCUACUUCCCCCAGGAGCAUCCCCCGGGCCGCGAGGCCCAGAUCGACUUCACCCACUGCAACUCCCUGGGAGUGACCGUCGGCGGUCGGGCCUAUCGCCACCGGCUGUUCCAGUUGGUGCUGAGCCAUUCAGGGUGGCGCUAUGCCGAGGUGGCCACCGGGGAGACCUUCCUGGCCCUGAAGCAGGGGCUACAGAACGCCCUGUGGGAGCUGGGCGGUGCGCCUCGGGUGAUCCGCUCGGACAACACCUCGGCCGCCACCCACGAGAUGAGGCGCAGCCGCGGCAGGGCCCUGAACGGCAGCUACGCCGAGCUUCUGGACCACUAUGGGCUCGAGUCCACCCUGAUAAAUGCAGGAGAGUCCCAUGAGAACGGCGUUGCCGAGCAGGCCCACUACCGGCUCAAGGACGCCAUCGACCAAGCCCUCAUGCUGCGGGGCAGCCGCGACUUCAACUCCCUUGAGGAGUACGCCGGCUUCGUCCGCAAGGUGGUGGCUCGGCGCAACCGGCUGGUGAUGGGGAAGCUGGAGGAAGAGCGCCCACAUCUGCGUCCCCUGCCCCCAGCCCCGGUGCCGGAGUACGUCAACCACCGGGCCCGGGUGCGCAAGUGGAGCACCAUCCAGGCAGCCGGACGGACCUACACCGUGCCCUCCCGGCUCAUCGGGAAGGAGGUGCAGAUCCGGCUGUACGCCGAACACUUGGAAGUGUACUACAAGGGCACCUUCGUGGAUCGAAUGGAGCGGGUGCGGGGCGAGAAAGAGGCCCGGGUUGACUACCGCCACGUCAUCGGCUCCCUG